AUGACGACCUAUGCAUCGCUGACGCCGGCGAUGACGGCAACGUCCGUCUCUGUCGCGCCCUCGUCAGUGGCGUCCAUGGUGGCCCAGCUGAACCAGGGCGUCGCAAACGACAGCGCGCCGCCGCCGCAGAUGCACGUCACCGCAGCCAGUGCUGCCAUCAUUGCCCUUUUGCUUCUCGCUGCCGUCUUCGGCAUCUGGUUUGCCAUUUGGGGCAAUCUGGACAGGGCACAGAGGUGGUGCAGCUGCAUGCUGGGGCGGCCCAACACAGGUCGUGGCCGUGGCAAUGGCAACGACGAUGACGGUGACGGCGGCCGGAGCCAGUCCCUCUCCCACGAAAUGCAGCCUCCCACGGUCACCCGCUCGUAUUCUGUCCAGCGCAACAACAACUGCGUCGACCUCGAGCGUGGCGUGCCUCGUCGACAGGUCAGGUUCUUGUUCGCCUCAUCCUCGUCGUCCGAGACGGCCGGAGAGUCGGCCAAGCCUGCCUCCACCUCCACCUCCACCACCACCACCACCACCACCACCCAGGCCGCCACGCCUCUUCGCUGGCCUUUCUGGCCGGAUGUGGCCAACCCGCCGGUGGAGCCCGCGCAGCCGGAAAACCGAAUGGUCGUUGAGGCGCUUGCCAGAGACUAUGAUGUCGCUGGCAGGAGAGUCCGCUUCGCGCAAGGUACCAAGGUCGGCCGGGUUGCCCCAGUGUCCCCAGUGUCCCAAGUGGCGCAAGCUGCCCACGCUGCCCAGGUUGUCACCCCCACAUCCACGCGGCCGAGCGUUGUCGCUGUCCAGGGCUCUCACCGUAGCAACGGCUCCAAACGUACCAGCAGCACCCCGACCGCCCAGACUACCGACCGCAACUUCUCGAUUGGUUCUCGUUCUGGUCUCCGUCGGGACCUGACGGCGCGCAAGUCGGUGGUCGCAGUGAUCGAGAAUUGA